AUCACAUACUUGCACAAACAUGCAAAUCUCCAACGCGUUUACCGCAGCGACUUUUGCCUUGGCCUUGAUGCCGAGUACAUCCUUCGCCAGUCCUCUGCUCGGCCGGUUCUUCCGACAUCGUGACAAAUUGCCUCCUCCUCCUCAACCCUCGGACGGUUUACGCCGGACCUGGGAGGAAGCCCGUGAUAACGACUGCGAAGUCAGGAUCUUCAGCGACAAGGUCAAUAAAUACAUCCAGCCGCUGGAUAGAUUCUUCAUCACCCCAGGACUCGAGACGCAUUAUAUCAUCAACGCCGGGGGCGUCCAGUAUCCGGUUUCUUUCUUGGCUCCCAAGGGAUGCGAGGCAGCCAUAACCGGGAAAUUGCCCCCGACCUAUGGCGUCCUGAUAUCCACCAAGUCGUACCGCGUGUUUUGGGCCUACAGGGAGGGAUAUGCCCCCAUGCGAACUGAUCCCGGUUGGUACCCCGGCAGGCCGGAUGGGAGCCACUCGAGAAUGCACGCGGGCCCCCCUGAACAGUUUGUUAAACUUCCACCUACAGCUAUGCGAGAUGCCUAG